AUGGGAGCCCUAUGCACCCCCAUUCUAGAGUACAAGACAUUCCCUGUGCUAUUUGGAAUACUAACAAAGAGGAACCGCCCAUCUAUCAAAGAAAUGAAGGCAGAUGGACUAGAGGAACCCAGACGCCCUACCACCAUGGAGCACACACUAGCAGAGAUGUUCAACAAUGAGAUGGAACAUCCACUCCUGCUUGUUGACUUUGUGCAAACGAGAGCACAAAUCCUCAAAACAAUUGAUGAACUUGCCGCACUAACUUGGAAACUAAAAGAGAUUGCUUCUGGACUCAAUCCAAGCUCAAAGCAUGGGAUGCAUUAG